AUGUCCUGGGUCCUUCCAAGUGCUCCAUUCAAACUAUGUGACCAUCCACGACGUGAACCACCCCCCGCCUACGACAGCGUGACGAUCAGACGGUUCAACCCAAGCGCGUGUGCUUGCAUUGCCACUGAUAACAACCACGGGCACUCCACCCUGCAAGACGGCUCGUGCCAGCUCGACAACUCGGCCGUGUCAGCGGCAAAGUUCAACGCCGACGAGUUUCAGUGUCACAGAGGCGACGACGGCUUCAGAGACGCGUUGGUGACUCUGCUGAGUGCCCAUUAUACGCAAUUCAACCAAGCGACCGAGCUGUGUACUGUCGUGAGUAUGAGCUACACAUACAAGCUGAAUCCACCAUGCACUGGCCGGGUCAAGUACAACAGCUCGGACUACGAGUGCAUCGGCAACGAAGAUUUCAAGGGCUAA